CCUCUCAGCAUACAACAAAAGAAACUAAAUUUUCAAGCGCAUUUCAGUUGUUUGAGAAACUUUGAACGGAACUAAACACGAACUAAAACCGCACGCGACAGCGAAAAUUAAAUACAGCAAUAAACUGCACAACAAAAUCAACAUGUCGCACACCGUGAGGCGACUGAGCCACGUGCUCCUCCUCUCGCUGCUUUUGAUCCUACUGGCCAGCGAAGAUGUUCAGGCCAAGCGUUGGUUCGGCGGCGGCAGCAAGAGUCGCUCCAGCUCCAGUCACAGCAGCUACACGCCUCGACGCACUUCCUCGUCCUCAUCCUCGAGCUACUCUCACCACUCAUCGCCCGUCCACACCUCCUACUCGGCGCCAUCCACGUCGCAUGUGAGCCACUCGGCGCCAUCCACGUCGCAUGUGAACCACUCGCCAUCUACGUCUUACAGUUCACCCAAGUACCAAGGACAAAGUGGACAUUUGGACAACACACGUCUCAGCUAUGGCGACACACACUCGCAACCAAAGUCCGUGGCGCCUGUGGCAUCCGCACCGCCUGCUCCCGGCUGGAAUGUGCCUAAGGCUCAAGGACCGCCGCCAGCUUACUCGGCCAGCAAUCCAGUGGGCGGAGCACGCACCAACGUCCAUGAACCGCCGCCAGCCUACAAUCCCAGCUACAAGGCGAACGCACCACCACCAAGCUACUCGGCUGCUACCAACACCAAUGCACGUCCAGUCGCCAGCUCCUCGAGCUCCAGUUCCAGUUACGGUUCAGGUCAUCACUACACGCCCUCUGGCGGCUACAGGUCGCGCACCAACACAACAAGCUACCAACACUCUCCCAUCACGGCGACGCAUACGCAAGGUGUCCAGUCGGGCUAUCCCGGUGCCACGUAUCACAAUCCCGGCCAGUUGCCUCCUGGCGCCACUUUAUAUCAGCCUGGACAUCUGCCCGCCGGCGCCACCUUCCACAGUGCACCGCCAGCCGGCGCCACCUAUCACAGCUCUGUUCCUGCUGGCGCCACCUAUCACAGCUCUGUCCCUGCUGGCGCCACCUACCACAGUGCACCGCCAGCUGGCGCCACCUACUAUCCCAGUGCCGGCCAAGUGCCCCACGCUCCCGCCUAUUAUCCCCAGCAGCCGGUGCACGCUCUACCCGCCGGUGCCACCUACUUGCCAGCUGGCGCCGCCAUUCCCCAAGGAGCUACCUACUAUGCGCAGCCACCAAAGUCAUCAUCUGGACCCGGUUUGGGCACUGGUCUCAUUGCUGGCGCUAUUGGUGGUGCCAUUCUUGGACACGCCCUUACGCCCACCAACACACGCGUUGUGGAACAUGUGCCAUCCGGUGGUUACGGAGGCGGCGGCUAUGGAGGCGGCAACUAUGGUGGAGGUAGCAGCAACAACGGCGGUGGCGAGGACAAGAUCAUCAUUAUCAACAAUGGACCUCCUGGCUCAGUGACCACAACGGAUGCAGGAUCUGGCACAACCAUCAUCAACGCAGGCAGUCCACAACAGGCUGCUACCGCUCCAGCUCCAGCUCCAGCUGCACCUGUUUAUCCAGCUGCUGCUCCUGCUCCAGGCGCUGCUCCGGCUCCAGGUGCUGUUCCCGCUCCAGGUGCUGUUCCGGCUCCAGGGGCUGCUCCUGCUCCAGGCGCUGCUCCCACUGUCGGUGGUACACCUCUGGCCCCACUCGCACCCCUUGAGAGCGCUGCAGUUGCUCCAGCUGGCGUCAAUGCUGCUCCAGCUGCUGCUGCUCCAGCUCCUGCUGAUCCCAAUGCACCCACUGGACCUAUUAUCUGCGUGCCAAUGCUUUUGCCCGAGCCUGAUCCCAAGGAUUCCAACAAGACCAUUGAAGUCGAGAAGAUAGUCUGCUAUCCAGCACCUCCACCAGAAGUGCCCCUCAAUGCCACAACACCAGCUGCUCCAGGUGCUCCUGUUGCAACUGUUGCAACUGUAGACGGCACGCCACUGGCUCCGUUGCAACCCGUAGUGCCCGAGGGACAUGUGCCGUUAGCUCCCUUCAAGCCAAGCUCUCAACCAGAUAUCAUGCGCAUGCCUGGUCAGACGUCGGCUCGUCUGUCGGUGGAGUCGGGACUGCAUGAUGCCCACAGCGGUGUCAAGUCUGUAUCCCAGUGGAGCGCACUGUCUGCCCUGGUGACCGUGCUGGUGGCCUAUUGCCUCCAUUAACCAUAAACCAUAUCCAGCUGCAACUGCAGCUGGAAUCUGUAAUCCAAACCAAAUAGAUGUCAGUCAGCCACCACACAUCCGAUGGUUCUCUACGAUAUUUUGUAAUUCAAAUCGAAUUUUUACACGUAUAAUAUACUCGUACUUUUCUUAGUCUUCAUAAUAAAACAAAACAUGAUGAAAAAAUUA